AUGUCAACCAUCCAACCCAUUUCUACUACCACUAGCGCCACUGCUUCCAAUACUCCUCGGCAACCCACCUCCACUUCUACGGGUCCCUCCACCUCCACCUCCACCGCAAGAUCUGUCCAGCGUGAAUGGACCGAGCUGGAGCUGGAGGUUGCACAUAUCCUAACCCAGCUUUGGGAAAUGAUGCAGACCAGGGAGGAAGCGCUGAGCCCCAUGACGGUCUCAGCCUCCAGCGAAACGGUUCUCAAUGAGGCCGUCGAAGGAAUGUCUGGCUCCGAUUCAGACAUUGACGACUCUGACGAUCCAGAGGAGCCACUCACGCCAGUCCAGGAAGGCUCCUCUGCUUUUCCUCCUGACCUGGUGGCACCCAUCCAGGCUAGGUCCGUGGAGUCCUGGAGACAGGAGCCCCUGGAAGGUCAAUACCUCGAUUUGGGCUUGGAGGAGGGAGUCUACGAGGCACCGCCAGCAAUUCCUGGCAAGGUACCGUUCCCGGAGGACAAAGUUCCUGCGAACGGAAGGACCCCUCCAUGGGUCUACCUCUGCUAUUCGGUCCUCGCUAGAGUGCCAGGGGGGAAGAUGACAUUGGACUCCCUCUUCGAAACUUGCUUGGAGUGGUGCCCUGCGCGCCUCAAUCCCGAUGUUUCGGACCCCAGGGACACGGCCAAACGCUCGGCAAGCCGAAGCCUAAGCACAAACGACCGGUUUUUCUUUUCGGAGAACAAAGAGUGCUGGCGGCUUAGGGACGUGGGCGAAGUGGUCGUCAAGUUUUCGGGGCCCGCUAGGAUGAUCAAGGUUGAGCGGGGCGAAUCAAGCAGGCGUUCUACAACCAGUUCCUCUUCAGGAUCCUUGGGCCCAUCAACCUCAACACAGGCAAGCUGUCCUACAGGAUCUUGGUGGACGGCCAUUAAUUCCCGUUCCAACUUGAGACGGGAUAGUAGGGAUAUGCCCAAUAACUGUAGAGAUAAUGGGAGUGCUGUCUCCGAGAAAGGCAAGAGGAAACUGGCCUCAAAUUCAACGGAGGUCGAUACUCCUAGUCUGGUUAACGGUCGACGGCGGCUUCCCGAUGGGCGUCCUGACACACCAAGCACCAUGUUGUCUAGCGAGGUCAUGCGAGAUGGACAAAAUGGUGACAGCCCGCCGCCUAAGAAGCGGAAGUCGUCGUCCACGACGCACAGUCAACCCAGGUGA